GUACUCAAACCCGUUUUAAUCACUUUCUUGGAGUCUUUGCAGCCAACAAGAAGACAAAGAGAAAUGUCGAAGACAAAAUUCAUUAUAUUAAUAUUAUUCAUUAUAAAUCUCAGUUCCAUCAACUGUGCUAAAAAUAAGGAACGACAACGCAAGAAAAAUUACACAGAAAUCGCCACAAAUGAGGAACUUCAAAAAUUAAGUCAAGAAAUUUUUGAAUUAGACACAACGAAUAUUUUAUCAAAGCUUCAUGUAAACUACCAAGGACGUUUUCGGUCACUAAAUUCAACUGAUGAUCUCGCACCAGAACCGCUGUUGACUUACGAAAAUGAAUUAACAGAGUUGGACACUAUAAAGCACAUGAUCAUGAUGUACGAUAAUUAUGAGAGAAAUUCAUCUGUAAAUGAGAUCGUAACGGACGACGAGAGACAAGAAGAGAAGAACUUUAUUAAUUCGCUCUUAAGUACAGCUGUUAUGAAAAAAACAAUAAAUUUUUUGGAGUCAAAAAACCUUGUUGGAAGCAGUGAAGACGAACAUUAUACUUUACUUCAUUCCAUCUGGUUUGGUUUAUAUCCGCGAAAUAAAGGCACGCAUGCGACGUCUUCUGGAUUUGAGCAUGUUUUUCUUAGCGAACUUAAAAAGAAGAAGACAAUUGGACUUCAUAGCUGGAUUUAUAUGGCAAUGAUGGAAAAGUCUGGAGAGCUUGACUAUAAGGGAUGGAUAGACCGAGUUGAUCUGGGUGAUAAAGCCGUUAUUUUAACCAUCAAACUAGCUGUUAACGGUUACAGAAAAAAUCUAAGUUCAAUUAUUAUUGGAGCUCCACCGGAACUAGAAUUUGCACUUUUUACGUUAUGCUUCAAAACAAGAGCUAAUAGAAAAUGUCCUCUGUCGUACAAUGACAUAAAAUUCAAUGUCAAUACCUACUCAAUCGUCCACAAAAAUAACAAACUUGUCGGAACUGCUUAUGCUGAUAUCAAGGAGAAUGUUUCAUAG